GCCGUUGCGGAGGCUGGGGAGGAGAAAUGGGCGGGAGGGCCGUGGAAUAGCUAGAGACCCGGCGAGCACGGGGUUGUCAUGGAUCCGUGGGGCUGGGCUCGCGCAUGCGCCGCCUGACCUGAGGGGCCGGUUGUGGAGCCGCGACCCCGGCCCUAGAUCAUAAGCUCCAAGAAGGAAGUGAACAUGUUUAUCCACUCAGUAUCCCGGUGCUAGCACAAGGCUCGCCUGAUUUAUAGGCAAUCCAGAGGCAAAGAGUACUGAUAAACCUUCCUCCCAACCCAGUAAAACAUGGAGCGGAAAAUCCCGUCCAGAGAGAGCCCCAGAAGACUCUCAGCCAAGCAAGGCAGAGGCACAGAGAUGAAGAAAGCGGCUCGUCAAGUUGGUGCGGUGGCUGCCGAGUCAGAUAAGGACUCUGGAUUUUCAGAUGGGAGCUCAGAAUGUCUGAGCUCUGCAGAGCAGAUGGAGUCCGAGGACAUGCUGAGCGCCUUAGGCUGGAGCAGAGAAGACAGGCUGAGGCAGAGCUCCAGAGCUGCAAACAGUGCCUUCCCUACACUGUCCCCCAUGGUCGUCAUGAAGAACGUGUUGGUCAAGCAGGGCAGCAGCUCCUCACAGCUCCAGUCGUGGACUGUCCAGCCCUCCUUUGAAGUGAUCUCAGCACAGCCACAGCUCUUCGUCCUUCAUCCCCCUGUGCCAUCUCCUGUCAGCCCAUGCCACACCACUGAGAAAAAGUCAGAUUCCAGAAACUACUUGCCCAUUCUGAAUUCUUACACCAAAAUAGCCCCACACCCAGGCAAAAGGGGCCUGUCCCUCAGUGUGGAAGAAAGAGGAGCAAGCAGAACACAGAAGAAAGUCUGUACCGAGAGACUGGGCCCCAGCUUGUCUUCCAGCGAGCCAACCAAGACUGGCACUGUACCAUCCAAACCCCCUACUCCAGCCCCACCCAGUGCCAAAUUAGCUGAGGACUCCGCUCUGCAGGGUGUGCCCUCUCUGGUGGCAGGUGGAAGUCCACAGACUCUCCAGCCCGUGUCCAGCAGCCAUGUGGCAAAAGCGCCCAGUCUAACCUUCGCUUCCCCUGCCAGUCCUGUCUGUGCCUCCGACAGUACUCUGCAUGGCUUAGAGAGCAGCUCUCCCCUUUCUCCGCUGUCAGCCAGUUACAGCUCACCUCUGUGGGCUGCGGAGCACCUCUGCCGCAGCCCAGAUAUCUUUCCUGAGCAGCGGCAGAGCAAACACAGGCGCUUUCAGAAUACUCUAGUAGUCCUCCACAAGUCCGGCUUGUUGGAGAUCACUUUGAAAACCAAGGAGUUGAUUCGUCAGAACCAGGCAACUCAGGUGGAACUAGACCAGCUGAAGGAGCAAACCCAGCUGUUUAUAGAGGCAGCCAAGAGCAGGGCUCCUCAGGCCUGGGCCAAGCUACAGGCGUCUCUCACAUCUGUGUCCAGUCGUCCUGGCAGUGAUCCAGAGGCAUUCUCUGACCACCCAGACAUAUAGCACAGAAGCACUUUCCAGUCCUUUGAGUGGUCCUUUUAACUCUUUGCUGUUAACCUACACCUGUUUCCCAAAGCCUCCAUAAGAGCUUUUCCUUCUGAACUCACUUAUGAAGCCACGUGUCAGUCCCUGGCUGCUGUCUCAAGCUAUGGUCUGUGCACGGAUUACACAGGUCUCGGUUCCACUGAGGAUCUCUGACUCCAGUGUCCUUGAGCCCUUUUUCCUUAGCCUGCAGGCACUUAGCUGGAUCACAGGGUAGAGCAGGAAAGAAGAUUGUGUGGGGCUCUUUUCUCACCUCCCACCAUCCCAUUUGGUAACUGGAUUAAAAGUGCAGUAACAUGGAUGAGCAGACAGAGUGACACUUGUCAAGCCAGGAGUAGACGACAUGAGGAUUCUUUCAUAGAUUUGCCCUUGAGUUAAAUAAGAGGAGGCGUGUUUGUAUUCCACAAGGAAUCGCGUGCCAGCUGGGCAAGCCUAACAUGCUUUGGGCACAGGUCAUGCCUGCGUGCAAGGCAAAGCUUUGUUUUCUUAGACUUGAAAGUCAAGGGAAAGGGUAAUACCAUUUGACUCAGACACUGCAGAAGCCAGAUUUUACUUAAACAAGUAGGCAGAGUACUUCAUAUUUUUAAGGUAUGGAAUGCAUUACCAUCUGGAAUUGUAGGUGAUGGAUUAUUGUAUAGAUUGAGAGACCGAAAAAAAGUAGAAAAUGCUAGCAUCUCUUGGUUAGUAGCUGGAGGAUUCUGGUAACUCACACUUUCUUCAAACAAUGAAAACAUUUUUCGUCUGAGAAGCUCAAGGGUAACUUCAGUGGUUCCUCCAUGUAUGAUAUAAGUUGCCCCCCUGCUGCCACUAUAGCUGGGUUUUUUCUUUGUUUUUAUAAUAGAGGGAAGACUUGAUUGUGCUUCUAAACUGAAUUAAAUAAAAUCAUCCUGAGGUUGUGAUAAUAAGGCCACAAAAUGUUGAAAAACCUUUUCUUUUUGGUUUUUUACACAGGGUCUCACUGUGUAGUUCAGACUACUGACCUUGAAUUCACUAUGUAGUCCAGGCUACAGCGAUCCUCCUGCCUCAGCCUCCUGAGUAGGGAUUAUAGAUGUGUACCACCACUUCCAGCUCCUACAAAGAAAAUACUGAGCUUUUACUAAGCCCAGAAGUUAAUGAUCAUUUUACUGGGUAGUUGUAACUCUAACAUAGUUUAGAAAUCUUAGGAGUUCUGAUUGUCUGUACUGUGUUUGCAGACACAUAUUUAUAUAUGACUGAUUUAGAAAUAAACAAUUCAGUUAAGUGUUCAGUCCCUUUAAUCAACACAGAAUUAUUACCUGCUGUUCGCUUUUCUCAAUGAGUUUCCAAAAUCAGAGCAAACGUGUGUCUCUAAUCACACUUAGCUCCUUGUAAUGUUUUUCUCUUGGCCCAUUCCCUUUACCUCCCUUGAAUCUGCAUGGUGCUAUAGCCACUCAACUCUGCACCAUGCUAGGAAGCUUCCUUUUUGGCAGAAAUACGUUUGGCAGAAAAGCUAUAGAGACAGGUGCAUUUAGAACAGCUUGGGCACCAGUCAUGAGUCUUACUGAGUGUCAGAAAUCUGAAAACGCUCGCUGAGAACCAAAUGUAUUCCAUUUGGAAAGCCCUUGGAAGAGCUGUAAACUGCUUGGACUCUUCCUAGAUUAGAUUUGCUUUUCCUUUUCUGCCCCUGUAAAAGAUGAUGAAAGCCAUCACUGAUCCUCACUGCUGAGUGGCAGGGAGAGGGGCACCCGUGGGCUUUUCUCUAAUGUACUAGAGCUGUAAGUCUCUAGGCUGUCAGUGUGGAUGUUCUUUUCCUGGUAGAGCUGGAAGUGAAGGAACCCAAGCAGAGAAGCUAGAUUAUAAAAGGAGAGACCCUGAAACCAGAAGCCAGAUCAGCAAAUGGAGGAGCUUCGGAGUUGACCAGGAAGAUCAUUGGUUGCACAAGGCUGUAAGUAGCAAUGGCCCUAGUGAUGCAUGAAGUAGUUUGGUAUGAAGUGCUGGGGCAAAUCUGUUUUAGGAAAGUGAGAAGCCAAUUUUAGCUCAAACGCUUAGAACUUCCAACAGAUUUGAUUGGAAAUACUGAAACAUACAGAAAAAGCUUCGGAUUGAAUCAGUUACGGAAAUGCAGUUUAAUGACAUUUGUAAUUUAUUACACUCAUUGCUUUUUAUUGAUUAUAAUAUUGUCUGACUUUGUUUCUCUACUAAGAUUCCCUAGCAGAAAAGUAAUUCUCGUGCAUAUAUUGAAGUGGUUUUCCAGCUAUGAAUUCUUUAGGGUAGAAACUUACUUACCAAAUGUGAAUUCGGAGAAGGUAUGAAGUUACAUAGAAAUUGACUGUGAAAUGUCAGAGAAAAAUAAAAGUCACUUACUUGAAAACAA